GUAAGUUUAUGAAUAACUUUAGUCAACAAGAUGAUUAAGUUCCAGAUUUUCCAGCUUUAUUUCACUGAUAUUCAUGAUAGAAUUCUUGUAGAUAUUUGAUUCAUAUUCCUAAAAUCAUACUUAUUCGAGCUUGUACUAAUAGAUAAAGAGCCAAGGAAAUUCUUUGAGACCAUUCAGGAUGCUUGCAAUGACCAGAAAGAAGUGACACUAAAAUCCCAAAGCAUGAAGCUGAUUGAAUAUUCUUGUGAGCUCAGGUCUAAGCAUCGUAAUUUUGUUAUCAAAUUUUCACUUGAGCUGAUAGGGGAAUAUAUCGAUAGAAUAUCAGCAAAUCCAGCAAGCUUCGAUAUCAACCCUAAUGCUUUGAAAUAUAUGGGCCAGGCAUCAAUAGCUAAAUCCAAGUUUAUCAGAAAUUAUUGUAAUUCAAACUUUAUCAUGCAUUCUUCAACCGAGGAACUUCUUGAUGUUAGUCUGAUAAUCUUGUCAUCUCUCAGUUAUCUAAUAGUAAAAUAGAGAAAAUUGGAAAUCAACCCUAAUGAAAAGAAUCCAUCAGCUUGGACCAAUAAUUAUCUCUAAUGGCUCAAAAUUGAUCAAAUGUCGAUUUGUUCUACUAAUGGGAUACUACUCAGACAUAUUUCUUAAGACCAAGGUAUCUUUGAAAUCUUUUGCAUCUUUGCAUCCAAAAUAAGGAUCACAAAUUGCUAAAAUUCGAGGAGAUCUUGAAAUUUCUUUGCGAAUGAUGCACAUUGCCUGAUGCGCUAGCGCAUCAGGCAAUAGAUGCACUGCAAUCCAUAGUGAAUGACAAUACUAUAGCUUUUUAUGUCAAGAAAAAUCCUUUUAAUGUAAUCGACAUUCUAAUUAAGGCGGUAAAGGAUGUUACCAUUGAAGAGUUCUUUAAUCUCAUUUUUGUAAUUUCUUCAUUCGAUUCCAUUACACAAGAGCAGAUGGUCAGUUUGGUCAAGAACUGUGUUACCAAGAUUCAGCAGCAGAUUAAGAUCCUAGAUCAGAACAACUUGAUCCCAAAGGUAAUUAUCAAAGGAAAGGAGAUUUUAGAGAAGAAAGAAGCUCAUAUCAUAAGCCAGCUUUGGAAGUUGAUCAAUAAUAUUCUCAAAGUUUGUGAUGACUCUAUUGUCAAAAUGAUUGAUCCCUUGAUUCAACCUCUUCUAGACUAUAACAGAGGUAGCCAGAUCUUUAUUCUUGAACCAGAGGUUUAUAAGCAAAAAGGCAAUGUCUUCACUGACAAAAUAAAAGGAUCAUUUAAAAUUUUGAUUAAAUAAAAAGGAGAUCCUCACUCCAGAGAUUUAUGAAACCCUCAUUGAGAUCAUCAAGGGAGGUGGGAAUGACUUCUGGAGAGACAUUGAUAACAUUGACUACCUUCUUGAAAUAGCUAAGAUAAAUAUCUUCUGUAAUUUCAAUGACUACCAUGUUGAGAAUAUUUUUGGCUGAAUCUUUCUCCAAAAAUCUAUUCUAUAUCUCAAGAAAUACUUAAUUAUUGAUGAAGUUGGCGAAGAAAUGACAAAGGAGAUAUCUAAUCUAGUGAUUCCAAAGAGCAAAAUAACUUUUGUUGCGGAUAAUCCUCCGACCCCUAAGCAGCAAGAGGAUAUUUAUGAGACAUAUUUGAGGCUCCUCCAAACGGAUUCUUUUAAGGAAAAUGAUCAAGCAUCCCAACAUGAAAAGGAAGGACCAAGAGGUCUGGCUAAAUCGAGAGGAGCUGAAGAUAAGCGACUAUCUUUAGAUCCCUACUACUCUGGAAGCACUUGCUUCGCAAAUAUCAUAGCUAAGAAUUUAAUUAAAGAGGAAGCUAAGAGUAAAGAUGAAGAAGAUAAUUAUUCUGAUAAGCCAAAAUCUAAAGCUGAGCCCAUCUUUAGUCUAAAUGCCAGCAAUAUGAUCGAUAACAGCGUGACUCAGACUUCCCAUUUAGCUCCACAGGUGAAUGAUAAGUUGUUGAAUAUCAUCCAAAGCUCUUAGUUUGCUCAUCUGACUCUUGUUCAGACUCCAUUGAUGAUGUUCCAAAACUGUCUCCUAAGAGACUCUUUCCUACAUUCUUUGAGGAGAAGAACAAAACUGACAAC